AUGCAAACAACGAUCACUUCAGAAGAUGCGGCAGAGGUCUUGAAGAAUGACAACCGAAUCAUGGUGGCUGGAGUGGACGGUGAUGGCAUCUUGCGUGGGAAAGUCAUGGCGAAAGACAAGUUCCUUGCGAACGUUCCAUCAGGCUUCGGAAUGAGCUCUGCUCUGUUCGGCUGGGACAUGCAUGAUAUUCUAUACGACGACGGCGACAAGAUCUGUCCGAAAGAUCAAGGAUAUGCGGACUUCAUUGCGGUGCCUGACCUCGAAUCAUUCCGCCGCCUGCCCUGGCAGGACGAUAUGCCCUUCUUCAUGCUACGUUUCGAGUCCCAUGGACAGUCUUUACAGGUUGAUGGACGCGGAAUGAUUCAAUCCCUCCAAGACAAACUGAUGGAGGCUGGAUGUCAAGCUAAAGCGGGAGUCGAACUCGAGUUCAUGAACUUCCAAGUACCUCGUGCAGACGGAUACCAUGAGGGCUCAAUCGGCAGCGAACUUGCAGCUUUUCUUAAAACGCAAUCUCCAGAUGCUCUACGUCCAUUGACGGAGGGGAUGUUCGGCUACAGUGUCAGUCGGCCGGGCUUGAACUCGGGAUACUUCUACAAUAUUUUUGAUCAAGCAGAAAGAUUCCAAUGUCCUGUGGAGGGAUGGCAUACCGAGAGUGGCCCUGGUGUGUUCGAAGCAGCCUUGAAGGUGGCCGACAUUACAGAUAUCGCAGACCGAGUGACACUUUUCAAGUUCCUCGCAAGAUCUGUUGGUGCACAGCACGGCAUCGCGCCGUGUUUCAUGGCCAAGCCCAAAGGCGGUCUACCUGGAAACUCAGGACACAUACACAUUUCUCUAGUUGACAAAGAUGACAAAAACCUGUUCACCCGUGACCUCCCCGACAAAGACGCAGAGUGGGAAGACAUCACCCACGUAUCCGACACUGGUCGGCACUUCCUAGCCGGUAUUUUGAACGCCCUACCAGACAUCAUGCCUCUGCUCGCGCCCACAAUCAACUCGUACAAACGCCUCGUAGAGAACUACUGGGCACCGACCAAUGUCUCCUGGGGUCUAGAAGAUCGGAUGUCUUCUGUACGUCUCAUUGCGCCGCCGACAUGCAAACCCAGUGCCACGAGGCUGGAGAUUCGAGUGCCUGGGGCAGAUCUUCAUCCUCACUAUGCGCUGACGGCUUUAUUGUCUGCGGGCUGGAGUGGAGUAAGGAACAAGACUCCUAUUUCGAUACCUCCAAGUUCUGCACGUACGGACAAACCGGAACUUCUGCCCAAUGACUUGGAAUCGGCUCUUCGGAAUUUCACUAGGACGGACAGCGUUCCACGAGAGCUCCUUGGCGAUGAGUUCGUUGACUACUACACGAGGUCUCGACGACAUGAAUUGAGGAUGUGGAGGGAGGCGGUCACUGACUGGGAGUUCAAACGAUAUAUAGAGACUGUCUAA